AUGGGUACGUAUGCAGAUAUCAAAGGGAUAUUGCUUUUUCUUGUUACGCUGACCUUACUAAACCAAGAUCUAGGAUACGCAUCAAUCGUACCGGCACCAAGUACGGCGUUUAUCACAACACAUCCGUGUUCCAGAUGCGCAGCUUCCAACGUACAAUGGGUCCGAUUCGCAAGCGAAAGGACUCCCAAAGGUGCUGUAGAUAUGGUGGAUUCGGAUGCCACUGAAGACUGUCAGUUGGGCAUCAACUCUCCGGACGACUUGAAAAAGGUACAGGAACACAAAGUUGCAGAAGUAUGUCAAGAACUACGAAGAUGCUUCAUCAAAAAUGCGGAAGAAGUGGGAGGACACUUCUCAAGCUCCCUAGGAGUUGUAGAACUCACUGUUGUGCUCCAUCGGAUAUUCGACUCACCCAAAGAUCGAAUCAUAUGGGACAUAGGACAUCAGGGAUAUAUACACAAAAUGGUUACUGGGAGGAUGGACCGAAUGCAUACGAUCCGGCAACCAGGUGGACUCUCUGGGUUCUUGCGUAGGUAUGAAAGCCCACAUGACCUUUUCGGGGCUGGGCACUCAUCAACAUCCAUUGGGGCGCUUCAGGGCGUAUACGAGGGUGAUGUCAUCAUGGGGAAGCAUCAAGAUAAGUCAUACGUCUGUGUCAUCGGGGACGGUAGUCUCACUGGGGGAAUGGCUAUGGAGGCACUCAAUUAUUCCUGCACCAUUAAUUCACCCUUACUCAUCAUUUACAACGACAACGGACAGAGCUCGCUGCCAACAGGAAUGCCAGCAAAAAAUGGAACUGGGCCUAUUUUACCAUACUUCAUGAUGGAGAAUACGCGGAAACAACCUAUUACUGGUGAACAGGCGAUUGAACAAUUCGAGGCCACCAAACUCGAAAAGGAAGGAACGCCAGUAUUCAUAGGGCCUAUCGAUGGCCACAAUGUGGAACAUUUGACAAAGGUGCUAACUUACCUCAAGCAGGAAAUGAGUCCUAGUAACGACAAAGGUACAAAGAGACCUGUCGUGCUGCAUAUAAAAACAGUGAAAGGGAUGGGAUGUGAGAAGGCGCUGCAAGCACCGAACCGUCUUCACUCCUUGAAACCCAAAACGGCUUCACAAUCUACUGCCACUGGAGCGGUUGCGUCAAAGACAUUCUCAGAAGUAUUUGCAGAGUCACUGAUAGAACUUGCAGAUAACGACAAAACGGUGGUAGCUAUCACAGCUGGUAUGCCUGGUUCUACCGGCGUUGGUAAAUUGGGAACGAAGUAUCCUGAUAGGGCAUUUGAUGUGGGAAUUGCAGAACAACAUGCCGUCACAUUUGCUGCAGGAUCGGCUAUUAGCGGAGCAAAACCAUUCUGCUGUAUAUACUCGACGUUUAUGCAAAGGGCCCUUGAUCAAAUAAUACACGAUGUAUCUCUACAGCAUAUACCCGUAAGGUUUGUUGUAGACAGGUCGGGAUACGUCGGAGGGGAUGGUGCGUCGCAUCAAGGUAUUUACGAUAUCUGCUACCUCAGAAUGAUGUACAACAUGCUAAUCAUGGCACCGAGCAAUGGACUUGAGCUCAAGAUGAUGGCCAAGAUAGCUUACAACACUAACGAUCAGCCAACGGCCAUUAGGUACCCGAAUGCAUCCGUACCCUCGAAAGAGGAGCUACUGCAAUAUUUCAAAUAUACGGAUGGAGAAGUCGCGGACCCUUUGUCAAUGCUAGGUGUCAAUAAGGCAUUGGAGUCAAGACCGAUUCGCCUGGGUAACAGCGGAGUUGCCAUUCUCGGGUUCGGGCCUAUAGUCUUGGACGUUUUGAAAGCGGCUGACCAACUCAAACUAGACGCCACCGUGAUUGACAUGCGAUUUUUAAACCCGCUGGAUACGAAAAUGAUCGACCGUAUUCUUUUAACACAUCAUACGAUAUUCACUGCUGAAGAUGGUAUAGAGGGAGGUUUCGGGUCGGCCGUAUUAGAGUAUCUCACCAAGAGCCCGGAGCGGGCAGAUGUCAUGUGCAUCACAUACCCUAAGGAAUUUAUGCAUCAUGGCACAAUUCCUGAACAAAAGCGCCUGGCAAAGAUGGAUGUGGAAGGGAUUGCACAGCAGAUAAGGCAAUUUCUUGCAUCCUGA